CGGAGAGGUGAAAGCUUUGGCCAAUCUAAGUGAUGGUAUCUGACGGCAAAGAGGUAGCUUUCAAGUUGUCCGAUAGUUGCGUUCUUAAGAUCGUUCAAGGCGACAUCACAAAUUGGUCAGUCGAUGGCUCAUCCGAUGCUAUCGUUAAUCCAGCAAAUGGGCGUAUGCUAGGUGGUAAUGGUGCAGAUGGAGUUGAGAGCAGCAUGUUAUGAAAUCCCAGAAGUUAGCCCAGGGAUUCGUUGUCCCACCGGAGAAGCAAGAAUCACGCCGUGGGUUUUACUUUUUAUGUUUGUCUUCUUCAGUAUGUGUAAAAGGUUCUAAGUUUGCUCCAAGUUUUGAUUGUUUUCUGCUUAUUGGAUAUGGGAGAAGGGGUUUUUAACUUGCAAGCAUCUCAUGUGAUUCACACGGUUGGACCCAUUUAUAAUGCUGAGAAGAAUCCUAAGAAACUCCUAGAAAGUGCUUACAAGAACAGUCUGAGAGUAGCCAAAGACAAUAACAUUCAGUACAUUGCAUUUACUGCAAUAUCUUGUGGUAUCUUCAGGUAUCCUUUGGAUGAAGCUGCUUCUAUAGCUAUCUCCACUGUUAAGCAGUUUGGUCAAGAUUUUAAAGAGGUACAUUUUGUUAUGUUUAACGAAGAGACAUACACGGUGUGGCUGAACAAAGCAAUAGACUUGCUACCUCCACCACAAGGCCGCAACUUCUUCCCCUCGCCGAAGACAACCAAAACGCGAUUCUUCAGUAAUCUCUCAGCUGUUGUUUCAAAUUGGCUUAGGUGUUUUAUGCACACACAGGCCACAGCAAAGAUAGGCCAUUUGUCUCAUGUUGUAGUAAACUUUUGUAUUCGCUACAACAAGGGAACACAAAGCUAAAAUGUGUUGAAAUUUAUAAAGUCUCUUUCAUUAGAGUGCUUUCUCAUGUGAUAUGGGCCAUGAAUAGGCCCAUUAUAACCGCUAUUAGUAAUGGGCCAAAACCCCGUGGGUGAGAGAGAGCAUUAGGGGACGGACUCUCAAAUGAGACGACUAUGGUUGACCUGUGGAGUGGGAAGCUUGAGUCUCCCUAGAUUACUACUACUACACUCGACGAGCUCGAUCCUAACCUCAUCAAGAGCUUCUCUGAUCUCCACCACCACCUCCUCCUUCGCCGUCAAUACGUUCCACACGACCGCUUCUUCGUUGACAGUCUCUUCUCCCACGAGGACUUCUCGUUUGACAACUGUAUCAUCAUCAUCAUCAUCCAUGGCUUCUGGAGACGAAGGAGCAGUUUUCAAUUUGUCUGAUUCUAGCCUUCUUAAGAUCCUUAAAGGCGAUAUCACCAAGUGGUCCGUCGAUGGCUCCUCCGAUGCUAUUGUCACUCCAGCAAAUCAGCGUAUGUUAGGUGGAGGUGGUGCUGAUGGAGCAAUACAUAGAGCUGCUGGACCACAACUCACAGCAGCAUGCUAUGAGGUUCCUGAAGUUCUUCCUGGAGUCCGUUGUCCAACAGGAGAAGCAAGGAUUACUCCGGGUUUUAACUUGCCUGCAUCUCGUGUGAUUCACACCGUUGGACCGAUCUAUGACUCAGAUGUCAACCCUAAAGAAUCCCUUACAAAUGCUUACAAAAAUAGUCUGAGAGUGGCAAAGGAAAACAACAUCAAAUACAUUGCGUUUCCUGCCAUAUCUUGUGGGAUUUACGGAUAUCCUUUUGAUGAAGCUGCUGAGAUUGGUAUAUCAACAAUCAAACAGUUCUCUAAUGACUUGAAAGAGGUGCAUUUUGUUUUGUUCGCGGACGAUCUAUUCAGCUUGUGGGUAAACAAAGCAAAGAAGGUGCUACAAAAAGCCUAAGAUAGUAAGAUUGCACCAGCACUCAGCAGCCUAAAAUAAACCUAAUUAAUCCCUAAACCUUCACACAAACAAAGCAUUUGCUAUUUGUAUAAUGUUAUGAGAGAUUGUUCGUUAUGGUUAGAUUUGUAACAAAUAAAAAAUUUGCACCUGAAAUUUUUCUAGUAAUAUGGUUAGAUUUUGUAUGAA